AUGUGGACUUGGAGAGAUUAUCUCAUCUCUCCUAUGCCUCCAGGCCUAGCGUCCGUGGAAGCCUACAGCUACAAGACCAACGAGUGGUUCUUCGUGGCCCCGAUGAACACGCGGCGGAGCAGCGUGGGUGUGGGUGUCGUGGAGGGGAAGCUGUAUGCUGUCGGGGGUUAUGAUGGGGCUUCCCGCCAGUGCCUGAGCACCGUGGAGCAGUACAACCCGGCAACCAAUGAGUGGACGUACGUGGCAGACAUGAGCACCCGCCGCAGUGGUGCAGGAGUCGGGGUGCUCAGUGGCCAGCUGUAUGCCACGGGCGGGCACGAUGGGCCCCUGGUGAGGAAGAGUGUUGAAGUUUAUGAUCCCGGAACAGACACCUGGAAGCAGGUGGCAGACAUGAAUAUGUGCCGGCGAAACGCAGGAGUCUGUGCAGUGAAUGGGCUCCUGUAUGUGGUUGGAGGGGAUGAUGGAUCCUGCAACUUGGCUUCGGUGGAGUACUACAAUCCUGUCACCGACAAAUGGACGCUGCUACCAACCAACAUGAGCACGGGGCGGAGCUACGCAGGUGUCGCUGUGAUUCACAAGCCCUUGUGACCCCCACGCCCACGGCCAGGAGGUGGAGGAGGGGAGGGCUGCUGCCUGUGGCUCAGAACAGCAGCACCCUGACUGCCACUCGCCGCCAGAGUCUGCAGAGGAGCGAGAAGUGUCCUCCUCCGACGUGGCCAAGUGGCGUCCGGCGUGGAGACUGGCGACCGCCCCCUGCCCCCCUGAGGUGUUCGGGCCUCCCCCCUGAGCAGUGGGUUCCUGAGAGCUCCAGGCAGCACCUGGGGGCUUUUUUGUGUGUUUCUACUGGAUUACCUGAGAACCUGGGUGUGUGUGUGUGUGUGUGUGUGUGUGUGUGUAGAACAUGGUGUUUCACUAAGUUGGGGGAUGUGUGACAAUCUACUGGAUUUCUUUACUACUGAUCCUUCUGUGCUAAAAAUCAAAUCACAGAAACCGCUCUUCUGGAUGUGCCCCAUGGGAACCCCGAGAUUACUAAAGCUGCUGUCUUCUGGAGGUCUGUUUGGACAGGCCAGGAGUGUCCAGAAAUGACUGGUGACUGGUGUGGGGGCGUUGCUUUGACCAUGCCCACAGACUGGCUCUGACCCCUGGCACGGUCUGCAGAAGAGCUGGGCAUUCUUAAAUCCUCACUGUGUCUUCUGUGUGCUAGAACUGGGAACAGAUGGGGUCCCCAGCCCCUCCAUUGGGUGCUCUUCCUUGGGCUCUCCUCCAGGAAGCAGAUGAGAACUGCCUAGUCCUUGGGCCACUGGUCUUUGAGGUUGUGGAUUCCAGAUUUGGGAGAUUUUGUGUCUCUUUUGUUGGGAAAACUAGCUCUUUGGAGAAGCCCCGAGUAUCACACUGGAAAAAAAAAUACAUAUACAUACAUGAAAAACAAAAACAAAACAACAAACCAAAGUGGUAAGGCAGUUGCUGCCUAAAAUGGUCUCAGAGAGGAUCCUACUUCUGGGUUUUCCUGGGAUGGGACACUCCCCAUCUAUACUUACUAUCCAGGCUUAAUUCUUCACAGCAUCCCAUUUUACUCUCAGAAGUAUUCUGGUUUGGAGGAUAAAUAAAAGGUCACCAUACCUCCAAACCCAGAGAGAGUUUGGCCCCUGCCUUGGGGGUCAUAUGUGAUCUAGAUGGACAUGGAUGACUUCAAAGGAGUAUACCAGCUGGGGCUGGCCCUCAGCACCAGAUGGCGAUGGUCAAGUCUGUCUGAGGGCCUCGUCUUCCUUUCCUUGUGCUCUCCCCCUGUUCCAGGGCCUGUACCCUCUCUCCAACCCUCAGAAUACUCCUUUCCUCCUUGUUUUUCCUGAGAGGGAGGAGAUGGUGGUAAAUGCCCUGGAUGUGUGAUCUCUCUCAGGGAUACUUGCAUUUUAAAAGAGAAGCUUGGUGAGAGCUUUGCAAAUUCACAGGUAAAAAUUAAUGACAGAACUUUAAGCAUUUGGAGGCGGGGGUGGGUAUUUGAGGGCACAUGGAAUCAUUUUCAUUAAAAAAAAAAAAAGAAAGAAAAAAGAAACGUGAAACCAUUCCUCAACUUGCAAGUCACUUAUGUUGGAAUUUGUGGCAUAAGGAGGGAAGGUCUUGUGUCUGAAGAGUAUGCUCACAUCAUGGGGGCUGGGCUUUAAUGCUCCCUGAUUUUGGGGUCCACUUAUAGGAGUCAAGGGGCUUUAUGAAACCUGAUGUGGGACUUCUGAUCUAACUGGGCUCCUUCCAAGCAGAUACUGCAGGAGACUGGCAUCCCCCCCAGCUCACCCCUGCAGCUAGAAAGCCGGUAGCCUCCCUAGCUAGUUGGCCGCUUUGUGUAUUUACUGUAUAUUUUUUUGUGCACUAAACACUCAACUCUCUUGAAGAAGAAACGUCUUCUGAUGUUGAGGAUGUUGAGCAAAUGUUAUCUCAGUGAGACAUUUGGAGGGCAGCACCAAGGCAUCCGGAAUUCUUAGUGGCUUUGGGAAGAGGCUGAUAUAUCCAGCUUUGUUGGGCCUGGAGGCGAAGUCUCCAACGGAUUCAAGGCAUGCCUUUGUUUGGGUGCUGUGUUCUCACCUGGCCCUGGAGAUGGCUGUGGUCUCAGAGCUCUGCCUUGGCUUGGAGGCUGAUGGGAUGAGCUUUCUGUUGCAAAUGUUCUUCCUCCCGGCCUGAGGAGAGUUUGGGACUUUAUUUUGGUUUCUGAUGGGGAUGAGGCUGGGGGGUGGGGUCCCAUGUGUGCUGUUCACACGGCUCCUAAUUUCAGACUAAAGGUGAACUUCCCACCCUCUUUCCCAACACCUAGGAGCUGGACUUUGAUGCAUAUGUGGGGGAGGUUCUUGUUUUUUAUCUGCCCAGAGCGGGUCCCUUCCCUGAGAGCUCGCCAGCCAUGUUUUCUGCUCUUGGUUGCACCUCAUCAUGUCUCCCUUCCCGGGAAGCACCGCCCCCCCCACCCCCCACCCCCUGUAGUACUGCUGAGGCCAGGUUCAUCUCCUCCUCACCCGUCCUUUCUCAUGGGGACUCCAACACUGGUACAUCACCACCAAAAAGCUAUUCGGCCUCUAGCUGCCCACAGAGGCCAUUUAAAACCUGCUGUCUAUCACUAGGUACGAUUCUCUCUCCACAGUGAACACAGCUGACUUGAUUUCAAGUCUGUGCUGGUCACAUUGGUAGGCAAACCCCCUGCCCCCCCCCCCCAUUUGGGUGGCCGUAGCUGCUUGUGAAUGCAGCUUUGCAGGUGGUGUAUCUGAAAGCUGAUCACAGUGAUGAAAUGGAAUUGUGGCCCAAGGUUAGAAGCCGCUUAGAUGCCGCUUGGAUGCUGAUUUGGACAACACAGAAGUCAGACUCUGAAUUCCAAAGUUCCUUCUCCUAAGUACCUAAUGGCAUCUCUCCUUCUGAAAAGUUGCAGUAUUAUGCAAAUGAAACUGACCUCAUUUUCUGCUAUGCAAUAAGAAUACUUAAUUCUGUUUCACGACAAACCAGUUGCAAUAUCCCCUGACAUGCUUUUUGAGCUGUGUUACUUUGAUAUCUGUUGUGUAAUGUUUGUAUAUUCCUGAGCCAGAGCCUUUCAAAGAUUGCCUUUUUAUAAAACUGAAGCUAUAGCGUUCAGGCUAAACUUUUAAUGUAGAUAUUUUUAUAAGAUAAUUUUUUAGGAUAUUUGAAUUGAUUUUUAUUAUCCAUGAUAAUGAAAUGUUCUGUUCCGUAAGUCAUUCACUCUCCUAGUUCAUGCCUGUAGCUAUUUUCCCUUUGCUUGUCACCCUCCAAAAACUGAUUUUUCAGUAGUUCCAGAUAGAUGAGUCUUUUUGACUUUGAGUCCUCUUUCUUAUACCAUAUUCAAAGGAGAUUGCUGGAAAACACAAUCCCUGGUGUUUCUGGAAUUGCUUCGGGACUAACGUUUAGCCUGACUCAGCAAUUACCCAACUAUAUUGCCUGGCCAUUUUUUUUUGGAGCCCGCUCUUUGCAGGGGGGAGGCUGGUUGGCCCAUCUGCUGGUGGCUCUCACUGCCUGGUGCUGAGCCUGGCACGCUGUGGCGUGGAGAAGCUCCACAGAAAGGCCUGCCCUACAGUGCAUACUCCUAGAAGUUUCCUAGGUCCGGCAAACCAGUCCUCAUUCUUUUCUGCCCCUUGUUCUUCGGAAGCUUCCACCAGCUAAAGGCCUUUGCUGCUGGAUGAUGUCCCUUUUGGAAGCAUCUUCUCUAUGGACUUUAAAACAGGGGUCAGUCCUCAUGAUCGUUAAGAAUGUGUUAAGCAUGUGCUUUACAGAUGCUCACACUACCCCUAAAACUUGUUUCUUGAGCUGUGUCUACACUCCAGGCUCUAUUUUAUGUAUUUAUCUGCCAUUAGCCUCAUUAAAACAGUUUUUUAUUUUUAUUAUUAUUGGGACAGGUGCCAUUUGAAUUGCCUCCAUGCUCCCCAUUUGCACCUUGUUGGAUCAGGUUGGGAGGUUUAGCAAACUCCUAUUCUAGUUAGCUGGAGUAUUUAAGGCUUUGUUUGCCUGGAGAAGUAAGGAGGUUGGAAUUUUUUUUUUUUUUUUUUAAGUGUUUGCACUAUUUAGAGUCCUAAGCCCCUCAUGUUUGGCCGUGCUGUGUGUGCAGUGUGACCGAGGAGGUGAGCCAGCAGCACUUUUGACAUUUGGGAAUGGAAGAGGCUUCUGUAGUGGAUAAUCACCACCUCAUAGCCCUUGCACAGCCUUUGUCGUGGGGCUGAGUGACUCGUGGGUAUGACAGCAGCCAAGGCAGGAAUGCAUGUGACUGUGGCAUUUGGAGAAACAAAUUGCCCUAGUACUAUGUUCUUGCCUUUGGCUAUGAGAUUGAAAAUUAUUUCCCCCCAUUUUUCAGUGGCAAUAAAGGACCCGGUUGGACUUUUUGUCUAAUUUGUAUAUGAUGUAUAAAGUAUGUUGAAAGAAGACUUAAGAUGCUGAAUGUGUAUGUCUGUGUGGGUGCUCUGUCCAUGCGGUUGUCCACAGGCAACCUGACUUGAUCGCUGAUACCCUGUGAACACACUGCAUCGGUAAGGUCCUUGAUCUCCUAUUCUCUGCUUGGAUGUUAGAGCCCAUCUAUCUUGUAAAAGAACACUUGUCGUAGGUUCCAUCAGUUACAGCGAUAGCCGAAGAAACCGUUCCUCAAGUGGAUUAUUUCAACAGGAAUCAAGUUCUAGUUUCCCAUACUUUGUUAAUUUUAAUAAAAGCUGAACUG